UCUUGACUUUAUGAUCGUCAGCACUUAGCAAAGCAUCGUCUUUAAGACGUUACAAAAACUUCAAACUGCCAUUGACUUGUCACUGAACUAGCCCUCCAUUCCCUCUCUCACCCACCUCGAACUCUUUUGCUAUCGGACCAUCUCUGUUUGUUCGUUUUUCAGUGUGUGUUAUUCCACCUUACUUACCAUGAAUCUUCUUCUCCUUCUUCUGGUUCUUUUCGUUAUAAUAACCCUCGUCAAGUUUGUAUACUCGAUCAUAUGGGUCCCGUGGAAAAUCCAAAACCACUUCCGAAAUCAAGGCUUACGGGGCCCUAGCUACCGUCCGAUCUUUGGAAAUACAGCCGAGAUCCGCCGUAUGUUCGCGGAAGAUCAGCCGAAGCUAUCUCCGAUGGAUAAUGAUGUCGUUCAAUUCGCGUCUCCUUUUUGCCAUAGGUGGUCUUGCAUGUAUGGGAAAACUUUCUUGUACUGGUUUGGGCCGAAGCCCAGGCUAGCAAUUGCUGAUCCGGAUAUGAUAAAGGAAGUCCUCAUGAACACGAGCGGGUCGUUUGGAAGGAGAGGGUUCAACCCAUCUACUAAGCUUCUCUUUGGACAGGGACUUGUUGGGUUGGAUGGCGACAAAUGGGCUUUACACAGACGGAUCGUAAAUCAGGCCUUCAGCAUGGAGCGAGUCAAGGGUUGGGUGCCAGAUAUAGUGGCUAGUAUUAUGAAGAUGAUAGAAAAGUGGGAGGAUAUAAGAGAAGGAAGGGAGGAAUUUGAGAUGGAUAUGCAUGAAAAACUUCAUGAAGUCUCGGCGGAUGUUAUAUCUAGAACAGCUUUUGGAAGCAGUUUUGAGGAGGGAAAGCUUAUAUUCAAAUUACAACAUGAUCAAAUGCAUCUUUUCAGCAAGGCAACUAGAAGCGUUUACAUCCCUGGAUUCAGGUUUUUGCCUACCAAGAACAACAGAGAGAGGUGGAGACUAGAGAAGGAAACCCGUGAAUCAGUACGAAGGCUGAUCAUGAAUAAUAGCAAAGCCGGAGAAAAUUCAAGAAAUUUACUUAGCCUAUUGAUGUCUUCUUAUAAAAAUCAGGAUGGCGUGGAAGAGAAAUUAGAUGUGGAGGAAAUCAUAGAUGAAUGCAAAACCUUCUACUUUGCUGGGAAGGAAACAACUGCUAAUCUCUUGACUUGGGCUAUAAUCCUUCUAGCACAACAUCAGGAGUGGCAAUGCAGGGCUCGAGAGGAAGUGCUUAAAGUCUGUGGAGACAGAGAGCUUCCAUCUGGGGAUAAUUUGAGCGACUUUAAGAUUCUUGGGAUGAUAAUCAAAGAAGCGCUUCGACUGUAUCCGCCUGCUGUGAUGCUAUUGAGGCAAACAUCUAAAAGGGUGAAGCUAGGAAGCCUUGAAAUUCCUGCUGAUGUUGAACUCUUUUUGGCUUUGAUUGCUGUCCAACAUGACAAGGAGAUAUGGGGAGAAGAUGCCAAUGAAUUUAAUCCAUUUAGAUUCUCUGAGCCUCGCAAGCAUUUGGCUUCCUUCUUUCCCUUCGGACUGGGUUCUAGAAUCUGUGCAGGUCAAAAUCUAGCCUUGGUUGAAGCGAAAAUCGUCCUGGCUAUGAUCAUCCGGCAUUACUCUUUCGUUUUGUCACCUACAUAUGUUCAUGCUCCUUUAUUCUUCGUAUCCUUUCAGCCUAAAUAUGGUGCUCAAGUCCUCUUCAAGAGGAUCUCAAAUUGAUACUUGGCAGCUUUGUACUCUUUAUGUGUCAAAGAAAAGAAUUUCGUUUGUUGA